AUGGGGUUGAAUCAGUCGGAGGAGUGUUUCUUUCUUGUGGAUCCAGAGUUCCAUAAUGUUCAAUACCGCUAUUCCACCAACUUUGCAACGAGUAUCAUCAGCGGCAUAUUUUCUCCCGUUGCUGUCACCGCAAAUUUCGUCGUUCUUUAUGUAAUUUUCCGCGCUGCAUGGCUUCGAGAUCCUUCCAACCUGCUCUUGGCCUGUUUGGCCGCCUGUGAUAUGCUGAUCGGUGUUAUUGUCCAGCCCAGCUAUGUCUCAUUCCGGCUGAGUGAAAACAGAGACCAUUUCGUGCCAUGCUUUGUAAGAAUAAUCUACUCGACGUCAUUUUUUAUCUGUUACGGAGUGUCUUUUCUGACGCUUAAUUCAAUAAGCUGCGAACGCUACAUCGCCUUGACAAUUCAUCUUCGUUACAAAGCCAUCGUUACCAAACGUCGCCUGCUACUAGUCGCCGCUGUAAUAUGGGUCUUAAACGCCUCACUGACUUGCCUUCAAUUUGCUGGCAUCAACGACAUCGUGAGAACAAUUCAUUUAACAAUCUGGUUUGUAUGCUUGUUCACUUCAGGUCUACUGCAGUUUAAAAUCGUCGGGAUCGUUCGUAAGCAUCACGAUCAAAUCCGACGACAAGAACACCAGUUUAACUUGAACGCGAAUAGUUACCGACGCCAGUUAAAACUUGCUACCAGUAUAGCUUAUAUCGUAGGGAUUUAUAUUUUUCUUAACCUUCCAGUUCUUGUAGUAACGACCUACCACCAAAUAGUGAGAGGAAAUUUGAGUACCCUGAAUUAUUACAGCUGGGCAGAGACGGUUGCUCUUUUGAAUUCGUCUCUAAAUCCUUUUAUUUGUUGCUGGCGGAGUCGAAAUAUAAGGAAGGCAAUUUUUAAACUCGUGGCAACAUGGAUAACAUGUAAAACUUCCAGCAAGGGAGGAGAUGAAGAUGUUGUCCAUAACGGUGUAAAAAAUUCAAGAAAGUAUGAAUUUGGUUGUCAUCUGAAUAUGAAGCCACUUCGACUUUAA